GCUCCUGCUGCUGGUAGUGCAGCAACCUCAGUCACGUUGGCUGCUUCUGCUGCUGUAACUGCUCCUGCUGCCGCUCCUCCUACUGCUGCUGCUCCUGCUACUGCUGCUGCUCCUGCUACUGCUGCUGCUCCUCUUGCUGCUGCUCCUGCUACUGCUGCUGCUCCUGCUACUCCUGCUGCUCCUACUGCUGCCGCUCCUCCUGCUGCUCCUGUCACUGCGUUUGCAUCUGCUGCUGUGCCUGCUACCAUAGCUGUUUCGACUGCUGCUCCUGCCCCUGCUGCUGCAGCAGCCUCAAAUGCUGCUCCUCCUCCUGCUGGUAGCGCUGCAACCUUGGUCACUGUGGCUGCUCCUGCUGCUGUUUCUGCUUCUGCUUCUGCUGCUACUGUUUCUGCUUCUGCUUCUGCUUCUGCUUCUGCGACUGCUUCUGCUGCUGCUCCUGGUAUUGUUGCUGGUGCUGCUGCCAGUGGUGGCAGUGGGAAUUCAACUGCUGCCCCUAUUGUGCGGUCUGAUGCGGAAAAACCUCGCACAACUGCUGCCACCGUGCACAAAUGUAAAGAAUGAGAAGUAGCGUGAGAAAACGGUAUUUCCUUGUCCCAGGUUUUAGUUAGUAAGGCGUACACUGCUGUCACUGGGUUGCUGCGCAGCUUUGUCACGAAAUUCAAAUGGCGGCUCCCAAAUAUGGUCUCCUGACAGGCUGGAUGCAUUUUGUGUCAACAUAUAUUUGCAUAUGUUUAUAACUAGCUAG